AACGAGGUGCACCUUAAACCCCUUUAUAGAAAGGAAGUGAAGAGUGUGGCUCGAGGGGAUUUCCUGCUUUCUUUCCACUGCUACUCUGGCCGACUGAUGUGCCUCUGAGCACGUCGAUAAUGGCUCUCUCAUUUACUCAAUCCCACCUCUUUUCGAAAUCCUCUCUCUUCCUCCUCCACAGAAAUGAAGGUUUCAGAAGCUUUGCGCUUUCCGUCCCCUUCUGCACUUCUUCUGCUCUUUUUGCAGACAAAUCUCAACCUCGCAAAAACUGGAGACAACCAGUGGUCUCUUCUGCUCUGGAGCUCGGUGGAGUCAAGAUUGCUAAAGAUGAUGUAGUAAGGGAUGACCCAACAAACAAUGUUCCUGAUACGAUAUUUACAAAACUUGGGAUGCAACUUCAUAGGAGGGAUCAGCAUCCACUUGGGAUUCUAAAGAAUGCAAUAUAUGAUUAUUUCAACACCAAUUAUCCCAACAAAUUUGAUAAGUUUGAUGAUCUCUGCCCAAUUGUUUCUGUAAAAGAGAACUUUGAUGAUGUCCUGGUACCUCCUGAUCAUGUGAGUAGGAGUUACAAUGACACAUAUUAUGUGGACUCCCAAACUGUGUUGAGGUGCCACACAAGUGCACAUCAGGCUGAGCUAUUGAGGAAUGGGUAUACUCAUUUCCUUGUGACUGGAGAUGUUUAUCGUAGGGAUUCUAUUGACUCAACUCAUUAUCCUGUAUUCCAUCAGAUGGAAGGGGUUCGAGUUUUUACUCCGGAUGAUUGGGAGACAUCUGGCACUGAUCCCACAUCUCAUGCAGCUGGGGAUUUAAAGAAAUGUCUUGAGGGUUUGGCACGCCACUUAUUUGGUACUGUAGAAAUGCGCUGGAUUGACACUUAUUUUCCAUUUACUGAUCCAUCAUUUGAACUCGAGAUAUAUUUUCAGGAGAAAUGGUUGGAAGUUUUGGGUUGCGGGGUGACAGAGCAGGAAAUAUUAAAAAGAAGUGGCAAAACAAACAAUGUUGCUUGGGCGUUUGGACUUGGAUUAGAGCGGUUAGCAAUGGUCCUCUUUGAUAUACCAGAUAUAAGGCUUUUCUGGUCAACCGAUGAGCGAUUUAGUUCUCAAUUUUCGAAAGGUCAGCUUGGGGUAAAGUUCAAGCCAUAUUCAAAGUAUCCUCCUUGUUAUAAAGACAUGAGUUUCUGGAUCAAUGAUUCAUUCACCGAGAACAAUCUUUGUGAAAUUGUUAGAGCAGUUGCCGGUGAUGUUGCAGAGGAGGUGAUAUUGAUUGACAAUUUCACCAACAAGAAAGGAAUGACCAGCCACUGUUACAGGAUUGCAUAUCGGUCCAUGGAGCGUUCACUUACGGAUGAGGAAAUAAAUCAGUUACAGUGGAAUGUGAGAGAACAGGUGCAGAACAAGUUGAAAGUUGUUCUGAGAUAAAACUUUUUGAUUCCAGAAAUCUGAUAGUGCAAGUUUCUUCAUGUAAUUUUAUCCCCAUUUUUAUAGAAUUCUUUACUUGUAAUGUUUUUAGAUUAUCAAAAGGCAUCAAAUUAUUGGCCGCAGAUAAUCCAUUUAGGCUUGGAGGUCAGCUCGUACAACAAAAUAUUGUAUUUCCUUUCUUCUUUUUUUGAUAGGAAAAAUUUUCUGCA